AUGGACGCCAUUUACAAGGCCACUGUGACAGCUCCUGUCAACAUUGCUACUCUCAAAUACUGGGGAAAGCGUGAUGUGGCUCUCAACCUUCCUACUAAUUCUUCCAUUUCGGUGACUUUAUCACAGAAUGACUUGAGAACUACAACCACUGCAUCUGCUUCUCUCUUAUAUACUGAGGAUGAACUGUACCUCAAUGGUUCUAAAGAAGAUGUGAGCUCAAAGAGAAUUCAAACCCUUUUCAGAGAGCUGCGUGCUUUGCGUAAGGCCGAAGAGGACAAGCAGACUGGAUCUUUAGUCCCUCUCAGUAAAUACUACUUGCGCAUUGUAUCUGAGAACAACUUCCCUACUGCUGCUGGACUCGCUUCUUCGGCAGCUGGAUUUGCUGCUCUUGUCAAGGCAGUUGCUGAACUCUAUCAGCUUCCUCAAUCUAAUGAGGAGCUUUCCAUUCUCGCUCGUCAGGGAUCUGGUUCUGCCUGUAGAUCUCUAUUUGGCGGUUAUGUUGCUUGGGAGAUGGGUUCCAAGGCUGAUGGUUCUGAUUCAAAAGCUGUUCAGAUUGCUCCUUAUGAGCACUGGCCUGAGAUGAAGGCUGCCAUUCUAGUUGUUAGUGCUGAGCGUAAAGACACCCCCUCUACUAGUGGUAUGCAAUUGACUGUCAAGACCUCAUCUCUCUUCAAGGAAAGAGUCAACUCUGUUGUUCCACAGCGUUUUGAGCAAAUGAAGAAAAGCAUUCUUGAAAAGGAUUUCGAGACCUUUGCUCAUCUUACUAUGGCCGAUUCUAAUCAAUUCCAUGCCACCUGUCUUGAUAGUUACCCACCUAUUUUCUACCUCAACGAUGUAUCUCGUGCAGCAAUUCGUCUCGUUGAAGAUAUUAACAAGGUAGCUGGUGAGGUGGUUGCCGCAUAUACCUUUGAUGCUGGUCCAAAUGCCGUUAUCUAUUACCUUGCUCAAAAUGAGCAACUGGUUCUUGGACCCUUACGGGCUGCUCUCAAGAACCUCCCAGCUUGGAAAGAAGAAUCCCACUCCCAUAUCCAAGAACUAAUGUCGGACGACUUUGACAAGCGUUGGGUGAAUACUCUCCACUCUGGAAUUGAGCGCAUUAUUCUCACUGGUGUUGGGCAGGGUCCUCAACUCUCAACCAAUUCCCUCAUAGAUAAGAAUGGUAACCUCUGGGGUUCGUCUUUCUAA